GUCCGGAUCCCCUAGUGGCUGCAUGGCAUGACAAUUAACUGUCCAGUGCCCACACCCACGUCAUGCACGGCGUCUGGCGGGCCACUCGCACACAUGAAUGAAUCAAGACAGUGUCUACUCAGCCCUUUCUACACAGAUGACCUCGGUCAUUCGGCAACUAUGGCUACGGUGCUGUCUUGUCAUGGGCAGCUCGACAGACUGCAGCCUGACCACACACACACACGUGCACACACCGUGAGCCCUUGUCCUUCUCCAUGUCACUCACUCACACGCUUCAAGAGAGACGAGUUGCCUCCACCACGAAGACGCCGAGGCCGUCCGAUAUGGUGACGUCAAAGCCGCCUAUUUGCAUGCCGUUCGGGAGCACCUGCCGAAGGACCGUCCCAAACAUGUCGUCAUAUGGCGCUGCCAACCACAGCUGCACUGCCGUCAGGCCUGGCACGCCAGCAGUGAGCAGUGUCCACAGGAGGUCGUGGGCGAGUACGGCAGCAUCAGAGAACUCAGGCACUGAAUGACGAGACAUUCACACGCGCAUAAUACCGGCGGACAAUCAGUGAGUGCACUGACUGCACUUCAGUGCAUACCUUCCACGUCUAGCCGUAUGUUGUGAAUCGAUGGCGAUGUCGCCGACCCCCACACGCCAAAGGGGUUCUCGGUGAGAUCUUCCCCAGCAGCGACAGCAGCCACCUCCCUCUCACUCCCCAAUCCGUCGAGCACCUCGUCCCUCUCCUCCCUGCUCACGCCUUUGCGGAAUCCCACCUUCCCCAUUUGCAUGGGCAUCUUCUGCGCCAACAGCCGGCCUGCAGCACUCCCCAGAAGGCCGAUACGCAGCUCUCUUGCAUUUGGGAACGGCUGCAGGUGGCUGAUGAUGGCGGGGGCGGGUGAGGGCGUGCCGGGAAAGAUCGCGACGCCAGCGGCCCUCUCGACUGUCACGCGCUCCGCCCUCUCGAAUGAGAGGCUCGAUGCGAUGUCGAUGGCGGCCUGGGUGGGAUUGUCGAUGGGGUGGGUGAUGUCAUGAUUGGUGAGGGAAUAGCGCACCUUGGUUGCCCGCCGUGCCGCCUCCUGCAUAGCAGCCUUGACGAAGGGGGAUGGGCGAGGGGGGAGUGCGUCGGCGUAGAAGACGGCCAGGUCGAAGGAGCUCGGCGUAGACGUCACGGUGAUGGGGACGUCGGACGACACACAGCACAUGUUGAUCAGGUCGUCGAUGGCGAGCAGAUCGGGGAGGGUGCUGGCUUGCAUUGACGGUGGAAUGUGCACGUCGAGCCCCGUCAGCGACUUCUGGCAGCCGCGCGACGUGAGCAGAUCCUAAGAACAAAAGGACGGUAGGAAGGACGUCAUAUGCAUGAGCGAGCACACGCACAGACGAUGCCUUUGCUGUGUGGCGCGGCAAUUGCCCACCUGGAGUUGUCUGGCUCCUUCCGUAUCAAGCCUGAGUGCUCCGAUGCGCUCCAGCUGUCUGAGCGGCCCUGGCUGCCCGGCAGGGGCCUCGGGUAUGCGCCUGAAGACAGCCGCCCAGUACCACCAGGAGAAGCGACUCCCACUGACGGCCUUGAGCGACUGCGACGAGCUGAUGAAGCGGCCCAGCGUGCGGGCGCCCCACCCCACCUGCUCCACACACUCGAGCGCGGGCAUCUUCCAGCCCGUGUUGACCAGCACGUCGUGCUGUGGGAGGGCUCCAGUGACGGCCUUGAGGGCAUGGAGGGUCGGGGGCGAAUUGGUGAAUGAAGGAGGGAUAGGGGGACGGUUGCUGGUGGUCGUCGCGGUGGUGGUGGUGGUGCUGGUGGUGGUGGUGGUGAAGUGGAUGGUCUCGAGGGAUCCCUCCGCCAUGUGCUGCUGCCCCUCCUUCUUGCACACCUCGCCACGCCCCGCCGCCUGGCCCUCUACGAUAGCUAUCAUGCUGUCCAGGCACCACAACGGAUUGUCCGAUGGCUGCACGAGGCUGAGGGCUGUCAGGUUGACGAGCCCUCUGCCGAGCCCGAACGCCUCCUCAGGCGUCAUGUUCUCCCAGAAGUGGCGGUCGUCAUCGGUGAGAGGGUGGAUAGCGACGUGUGUCUGCUGGUGAAGGGCUGCCAUGUACACGGGGGACUCGCUGCUCUCCGUGACACUACCGGUUGAUCGCUGCGCGAAGGCCGCUUCGCCAAACCGGCUGCCGCCGGUGGACAAUGACGCCCCACUGCCGCUGGAGAGGGAUGACGCCGUCAUACCUGAUCCAUCCACACACACACGCAGCCGGCAUGAGAUUCAUCCAUCCAUCCAUCCAUGUGCGUCGGCCCCCCCCCGUCACUCACCAGUGCCGCCAAAGAUGCUGCCCGUCGGGCCGACUCCACCGAACAGAGACUCACCACCCAACGCUGCCUCAGCACCAAACAGGCCGCCACAUCGUCCCUUUGUGGACGCCUUAUCGAGCCGUGAUGCGGUUGGCGGCCGUGAUGCGGUUGGCGCUUUCGCAGGCGCGAAUAGGCUGCCACUCUGGGUCUGGAUGCUGCCGCCGAAGAGGUCGACUGGGGCUGUGGUCGUGGUGGUGGUGGUGAGGCUGGCGCUCGAAGCGGGCGCAGGGGCUGUGCUCACGGGCUUGUUCCAAAUGAGAUGCGGGGGUCGUGACUGAGAUGCGGGGGUCGUUGCGCCGAAUGUGAAGAGCGACGCUGUGCCGCCGCCUGGUGGCGCGGCAGCAGUCGCCAGGCCCCCCUCUCCCGUUGAUGUGCAUAUCACAGACGACCCGCCAAACAGGGAUGCUACCGAUGGCACAACCCGCCGACCGCGGCCUCGCCGACCACGGCGGCCGAUGGCGGGACCUCUCUCCUCGGAUACCUCCGUGGUCUCGCUGCCGGCGGGCUCUUCUAUCGCAUUGGUCGAUCCGAAUGUGGCGCCGGCAAAUAGCCCACCGCCAGUAGUCGACGGCAGGGCGGAAGACGGUGUGAUGGGCGAGAGGGGUGAGUCGCUGGUGGCGUCGCCGCCAAUGGCUCGAACACGGCUGAAGAGAACACCACAGAGGAAGGAAGGGAUGCAUCCAUCCAUCGCUCUUGGCAUCCAAAGCUGUCCUUGCCGUCCAUCUGCUCACUUACCAGCCAGAUUUCCUGCGUGUCUGCUUGUGUCUGCGGGACUUCUUGUUGAGGAGGGUGAUCGUCUCAGGGCCGGUGCUGCAAGGGGGCGGGAAGAGGGCGGACAGCUCGCGAGGGGACAAGAAGCCGAACACCGAUGCCAGAAGGUCCUCGCCAAAACCAACAGGGGCCUGGCGGCAAAGCAGAGAAACGACCAAGGGAGAAUGGGUCGCGUCGUUCGUGUGCUGUGUGUGCCUGUGUGCGCUACCUUCUUGUUGCAAUCCCACCGCUGCGGAUAUACAACACCGACACAGCACACAGCCGACCCGAGCACCCCACCAAAAACAGACGUCAACCAGUGGGUCCGUCCAGGGAGCUGAGCCUUUGUUGUGUGAGGUGUAUUGUGCCUGCCUACCACGGGCGUCGAUGCGUUCGAGUUUGUGGUCUUGUUGGUCUGGUAAGGCACCACUUGCUCAUACUGCUCCCCCCUCCCGCCCGCCUCCCUCAUGUGGAGAUCCAUCCCCUCACGCAGAGUGCCCUCCCUCAUGUAGAAGACGUGUGGGACGAUGCUGACCACCUCGGCCUUGACCCACACGUAGUCCUCAGUGGGAGCCCUCUUGGUGGUCGACAUCAGCAACACACGAGUGCCCUCCUGAUAACGACUACUUGCGCAGCAUGGCGUCGCCUGAUGAAACCGGCAAACACACACAUCGUUUGCAAUGGCAGUCUACGGUAGCCGUGCCUUGACUCACCUCCGCCCGAGGGCGAGAGGCAGAUGACGAAGCUGCCGCUCCCAUGGCUACACUCAAACACGGCAGAGGAGAAGAGCACAGAGGCGUGCUUUGCUCUCAUCCUUCCCUCCCGGCGAGAUCAUCUCUCCUCCUUCCUCCUUUGCCGAGCAGAAUGGUUUACACGAGAUGGUAUUUUUCCCUCGGCCAAUUGCCCUCGUCUAUUGGACGCUGGUCUCCCAGGCCUGGCGGCCGACGUGUGUGACGCUAACAACCCAACCCAAC